CACCCAAUACUUUCCCGCCCAACGUGACGUCAUUCUGGACAUCUCUCGUGCUCCGUAUUUUGAGUUGAAAUCUUUAUUCUUUGUCCGCUUAGCAAAUGUUAUUUGGUUGGCUACACUUUCGUACAGAAAAUAGAAAUCUGAAUCGCGCAGGAUCCUAGACCCUGUUCCAGGUCACGGCCGCCAUAUCUAGAACCUGCCGCUAGUAUCAGCUGUUAACGUUCAAAAAUAAAUUUAUAACCAUGGUUGUGACAAAAGAUAUGUAUUUACCAACGGAAGAGGAAUUAACAGUGGAAGAAGUACCUCUGUCAAGUGCACCUUUGAGAGCUGGUGCAUUUCAUUAUGGAAAAUUUUGUGAAAACGAAAACAAUGAGUUCAUGCUCUGCAGAACUGAAUUAAAUGAUCCAAGAAAAUGCAUUAAUGAAGGGAAAGCAGUAACUGCUUGUGCCAUGACAUUCUUUCGUAAUGUGAAAAAUCUAUGCGAGAAGGAAUUCGUCCAGUAUUCUAAUUGCUUGGAUAAAUCAUCUCAAAACUUUGAUUUUGAAAAGUGCCGUAAUACUCAGGCAGUAUUGGACAAGUGUAUGGCUGAUAAGAUGAACAUUGAACGACCUGAGUAUGGAUACUAUUGUCGUCCUAAGGUACAUGCGACCUCAAGACCCAAGCCAGAACCCGAGAAACCAGCUGUCUAUCCAGAUGCUACCCCAUAUCUUCCUGAUGAUGCGCCUAGAACCAAGGCUAAUUAUGGAUCAAGAUUAUACUGGUUUAAUUAAAGAGUAUUUCAGCUCCCUUUGGGCAAUGCUUUGGCAAAUGUUUGAUGCUGUCUCCCUUCCCCAGCAUUUGAUGUAAUCAGCCUUUUUAAGUUCUUGAAUUGAUGGCUUAAGUGUUUUAUUUGUGGCCGCCUUGGGGUUUGAUUACAAUACAAAAUGCAAGUUCACAAUAGUUUCAAAUUUAAUAGUGACAAAACGUAAUUCAUAUGUUGCGGUAUGUGUUGCUAAAUUUCAUCUACUUUCUCUUUCUUUGCAGCGAGUGAUUUUUCAUUUGUGGUUAUGGAUAAAAGGUAGUAUGAUAUUUAUGGAACUUGUUGGUUUAUAACAUUGGAUUUCAGUUGUACAUACAUCUUUAAUUUUGCAUAUAGAUUAUUUAUGCCUCUACGCAGUGUGCUUGCAUUUGCAGACAUUCUUUUGCAAUUUCAAUUAAUUAUCUUUAUGUUGAAUGGUUUACACAGUUCCAGUUUGGUAUCCACAUGGAUAUUGAAAAUGUAUUUAUAAAGGGGGACAUUAGCAUGAAGUGAGUGUGGCUGGGUAUAUUGCCCAAGUGGAUUGAGUAUUCACAGAAUAGUAAUUCAUAGGUCCAAGACCUGACAUUUUUAGUUUACUUGUAAUGAACUGUUAUUUGAAAUAAAUGAAAUGUAUAUAGUUAAUUGAGUGAUAUUAAUUAUUUCUUUCAAUAUUUUAUUAUUAAAUAGAGAAUUCAGUUGUUUUAGUUAAGACUUCAAAGUUUGAAAAUUUUGAUAUAAUUGAGAUUUCCCAUUUAUAAUCUCUUGUAUAAAAAUACCAACAUAUUUUACGAUUGGCAGUUAAAAAUGAUCACAAUUCAAAUUUGGUCAAAACAAGUGAGUAGUGCCAUUUUGUAACUUGAUAUAUAAGCUUAAUGGAAUCAUGAUUAGAUUUGGUUUAAAAAAAAGUCUUUUCUGGUCAGUAAAUGGGAAAGAUGAGAGGUAACAGGUAAAAGAGAGAAGCCAGUGCUCUGACAAGCAUUAGUAUGUGUACAUCCCACUGCUUACUGCACUAUUUCAAAUGCAUUUCGCUCAUUUUUUUAUCAGUCCUAAUUGCUCUCUGUUUUUAUUAAUAUAGUGCAGAUGAAAACGGUGACAUCCACAUCGCAAAGAUCUAUAUAUCAUAAGAAUAGAAACCAACUGAUUUAUCUACAAAGAAUAAAAACAUUUGAAACUAAAAAACUUGAAAUUUGGUAUCUAGAUAUCUACUUUAUAACCACAAAGAGAAUUAUAUUUUUAAAUAAUCAAAAAGGUAUAAAUGUUUCUUGGUUUGAUGUUAAUUGUGAUGAAUUUAGGCAUUAAGAAUUGCAGCUCAGUGGUUUGGAAGGGCAGGCAAGGUGGACGUAGUAGAGUAUCAUAAUUGAAUCAAUUGAAUUUGUCAUUAUUGAUAAAGUUCAUUUGCCUUGUGUUUAAGACAGAUAUCUUAAUGACGUGGGUAACACUUGAGCGAGUCUUCAGGUGAUGGCACGUAACUGUCAAGAAAGAUCAUGAUUCUGUACUGUUCCUGAUAAAACCUAUUUUCUUUAAUCAAUAAUGCAUAAAAAGAUUUUCCUUCUCCUUACAUGUAAUAAAUUGUGUUAUAUUUUGCUUACUGUUUUGAGUCACAUUGACUUGUUAUUAUAGUCUACAAAUUUACAUUUCAACUUUACGAGAGUCUUAAAAUACAUUACUUUUCUAGAUCUACAUUGUAUUAUGAUGGAUUUCAAGAGUAUGUUAUAUUAAUUUGCAGCGCAUAUAUAUUAUAUUACAAUCGAUUAUAUUAACAGUACCUAACAAAAUGGUACUAACAUGUAAAGCUUUUUCUUCGUUAAAUGUUAACAUGCAUUAUUUUACAGGAUUAUCUUUCCCUGGUAAAUACAGCAAUCAUUUAAUGGACUAUUACGAAUUGAGUCUCUUAAAAUCUCAUUUUACAGAAUUGUAGUAUUGUCCUUUGAUAUUCAAUGUUAGACUUGGCUCUUUCUCUUGUGCUUGUAUUUUGUAUGUCUCGUGUGAGGUAAUAAACGAUGUGUAGUUAGGAAAUGGUGGAUGUUGAGAAGCAUAAUACAGGGCAAACAGGUUCCUUGUAUAAUAUAGUAAGGAUAUGAAGAACUGACACUGCAGUGUCCAGUUCUUAUUCAAGUUAUUGUUGUAUUCUUAUGAGAUUUAUUUGCAUUGUAUUUAAAUAACAAUUUUUACAUUCUCGCCUUACUACAUUAGCUGAAAAGUGGAAGUAUUUAUUUAUUUAAUAGGUAAUUAUUACAGACAAAAUUAGCUUACUUGAUCCUAUGUGGCUAGGCCGAAGGCCUUUAAGCCAUUACAAUACCUACAUCCUUUCGCGUUCUAAUCUUUCGAAUUCUG